UAUAUAUUCAAUCGGGUUGCCAGCUUGUUUUGUAUCAAAGAUUUGUUAAAUAACCAGUCUCUCUCCUCAACCGAUACAACAGGCUUAAGCUGCUGCUGCUGCCCAAUAAUGGCCGAUGUUUCUCAUGAGCUUCAAGCUGUCACCAAGGCUUUCUCGGGACUUGGAGUCGAUGAGAAGUCAUUAAUAUCGAUUGCUGGGAAAUGGCAACACGACCACAAAAACUCUUUCAGGAAGGCUAGUCCAAGUCAUUUUUUAGCAGACAAAGAACGCCACUUUGAGAAGUGGAAUGAGCAACAAGUUGAACUUAUCAAGCAUGAAGCUCUACGAUUUAAGAGUGCUUUGGUUCUAUGGACCAUGCAUCCUUGGGAAAGAGAUGCUCGUCUGCUAAAGGAAGCUUUAAUCAAGGGCCCUGAAGGUUACAACUUGGUCAUAGAGAUUGCUUGCUCAAGGUCGUCAGAAGAACUCUUGGGAGCUAGGAAAGCUUACCAUUCUCUCUUCGACUCUUCAGUGGAGGAAGAUGUUGCGUCCCAUGUCGAUGGCCAUAAGCGCAAGUUAUUGCUAGCACUAGUGAGUGCCUACAGGUACGAAGGUUCUCGGGUGCAUGAUGGGAAUGCUAAAUCUGAAGCUGAAGUUCUUCACCGUGCCAUUAACAAUAAUAUUUCUGAUGAUGAUGAAGAGUUAGUGAGGAUAUUGUGUACAAGGAGCAAGCUCCAUAUUUCGGCUGUGUUCAAACACUACAAGCAGUUGUUUGGCAAAGAUCUCAGUGAGGAAUUUCAUGGCAAUUUGAGCUUGAAAGCAGCACUUGAGUGCUUAGUAAUCCCUGAAGUGUAUUUCAGUGAGGUUUUGGAUGCGGCAAUGAGAGAAGGGGCUACCGAUUUCACACAAGAGGGACUAACUCGAGUGAUUGUGUCUCAAGCCGAUGGUAACAUGGAGGAGAUAAAAGCAGCGUACCAUAACCUAUUUGGAGCUCAUUUGUCACACAAGAUUGAAGAGACUUGUCUCGGGAACUUCAAGGACUUCUUGCUAACAUUGGUAGCUAGAGGGGAGUAAACACAAACUAGGUGUUGAAUGUUGAUGGAUGUUUCAUUCUUCAUUCUUCUUUUUAUGUUGAUGUCUUACCUACAUAUAUUUAUCCUAAAAUAAUUACCCUAUUUAAUAGGAUUGUUAUCCAUUAAAAUUCUCUCAUUUUUCAUGUAUCCAAGUUCAAAACUAAAUUUAGUGGACAGGUAUCUAUUUGUUAUA